GAGAACGUGGCAUAAGCUUUACUUUGUUGAAUUUUUUUUUCUUAUCUCAUGCUCUCAACAACGGCGCGCAUAUGGUGUCCACCCCCUUCAUCCCACUUAUAGGCAGGCACUAAUUUAUCAUUAUUAGGUCCCCUAAUCUAAUCUAACCUAAUGAUGAAGCAGGUGCAGGAGCGAGGAGAAAGAAGAUCCCUGGAGACCCGGUGAGAGGGUAGAGCGGCUCGUCACUCUUCCCAAACUGUCCCUGCCUCCAUUUCUUUUCCUUUUGUUUGUCGCCUCUCCCUUCGCUCGCCCUGUCUGCGCUUUCGCUUUCCUUUCGCCUCCCACCACCAAAAAGAGGAGCAGAGGAGAGGUUUGUGUGACAGCGUGAGCGAGCGAGUGAUGAUUAACACCUCAGCCGGCAGACAGCCGCCAAAGCAGUAGCGUAAGAAAGAGAGUUAGUAGAGCCCAGAUCGAGGGAGGGAGGAGUAGCACCGAGCACGAGCAUCUCCACUCCACGCGCGCCCCAUGCCCGUCCGCUCCACCUCCAUGAGCGUCAGCUGAGCAAGACAAGGAAGGGGAAUCUCUCCCUCAUUCGCCUUGCCGUCUUGAUCUGUCGGCUCCCGGCGGCAACACCCUACAGGUUUCAUCUAUGGGGCAAGAUGCUGGCUUCAAACGCGAGGAUCAUUCUGGAUUGGGAUCAGGUCCUCAAACUUUGAAGGUCUCCUGCUGCACUAGUGAAGAAAACGAGAGUCGAAACAGAAGAUACCAUCAGUUGAAAUGCUCAGAGAGCAACUCGAGGCAGUUGCACCUGGACUACGUCCCAAAUUUCCACUGCAGGAGCUUGCCAACGAGAAGCCGCAAGACGAAUGCUGAGCAAAGCACCGUGGGGAAGCGUGGUUCUAUGUACCAGAGCUCCAGCGAAAUAAGCAGGAUCAGAAAGAUCCAGGAGGGCAGGAGGAAAAUAGAUUCUGCAUUCGAUGGGGACGCGUUCCUGUCCUUUGAUAUUGUCGAUGCAUCCUCUCGCCCUAGCACAAGUGGAGCUUAUCUGCAUUCCCAUCAGAAUCGGAGGUCGGGCGCUAAGCCUUCUGUGGACACCGCUAAGCGAGCGUCAAAGGACUUCCUGGACCUUCAGUUCCGUGAACAUCCUGAUGAGAAUUUUAAGCUAGAUCGACCACGCUUGGAUAGUACCUUGUUGAAAAACGAUGAUGGUUUCUUGGAGAUUUCUCUCGAGAAAGAGAUAGCAAAGGGUGGCCCGUGCAGAAAUGCAGCUCCUAUCCUGCUAAACACUGGGUCAGGCAAAUGCACUGACCUGCAAAAGAUGAAUGGAUGCCCCAGUGAGAACAACUGUGGUGACAAGGGGAGAGAUUCAGCAAGCAGUUCCAAAUCAACGCCUGUGAAAGUAAGCUCCUUUGACGGAUCCUGCCAAUCUGACGGUGCUCAACACCAUAUCACAGAGAACAACACUAAAGCUCGAUCAAGCCCCUUCAAGAAGAUGCUGGACCCUAUUAUGAAGUCCAAAUCUCCUAGGAGCCCAUCUAUCAUGGAAAGAGGAGGCUCCAACUCCGCAACUGGGCCAGGAAGCAGGAAAAACUCCGUGUCUCGAAAAUCACUGCUGGGUGAUUUUUCAAGAAGUGAACAAGCAUCUAAUUGCCAGCCCAAUGGGCAAACACAGAAGCGUGUAAACAAAUCUGCUUUGUCACCUGCUCAUCUCCAAGCGGUUCUUAGAUUGGAUUCCAAGAACGGUGUCCAGGUUUUUGAAUUCUGUGUUGACGGCCCAGGAGAAUCCAUUUCCGCCAGGAAUUGGAAAAACGGUGAUGAGUUGAGCUCUAUAUACACCUUCCAUAGUGGCGGGAAACGGUCCAGUGCUGCUGGAAGGAUCUCCAAAGAUGGAGGCUGGGAUUUACCCCCAAUCGUUGGGCAGGUGCAGGUUUCAUCAUACUUAUGCUCUGAAGUUGGAAAAGACGGUACGGUGAAUAACUCUGUCGUCACCGAGUUUGUUUCGUACGACAUUGGUCAUGCGAGGCGGAUUGUUGAGGAGAAGACAGGGGCACUUCAACAGCCACAGAGGACUAGUCUGACGGAAGAGAACAAGACUGGGAGAAAUAACUCAGAUGUAUCGACAUCUUGCCCGUGGUCCGAAGAAGACCUUCAUCCUUAUUUGGAGAUUGCGGCGACUGUGAUAGAGGUUCCGUUUAGCAGAUACAAGUCCGAAGAGGUGAAGAAUGGUUCAUCUCCUUGUACUGUCAAAGUUGUUGCACCUAGUGGACUGCAUGGUUCGCCGAGUGACGAUGAAGCCGGCGGCCCAUCUCCCUUGCUAGAUAGAUGGAGGUACGGUGGGGGUUGCGACUGUGGCGGAUGGGACAUGGCUUGCCCCAUCGACGUUAUUGGCAACACAUAUGAUAAUAGCUGGGCUGAGUCUAUAGCUACCAAUGUGAAACAUCCCAUGGAGCUCUUUGUUCAGGGUAGCAAAGAAGAGCUCCCCGUCCUUUCUAUGAAGGAGAACGGGAGAGGGCAGUUUGUGGUGGAUUUCCAUGGGCGACUAUCAGCGUUACAGGCGUUUUCAGUAUGCAUCUCUCUGCUGCACUGUUCUGAAGCUUCGAUCGCCAUCAGCCUCAAGAAGGGGAAGCAGAAGCUGUAUUCCAGCUCGCUCAAGUUGCUCCUCGAGGAGGACGUGAGGCACCUGAUCGAGGCAGUCACAGCUGAAGAGAAGAAGAAGAAGAAGCGGAGUAGAGAAAAGGCGCCUCCUCCGUCUGUUCUGCUUGACCCGCCUUUUUCUCCCAUCGGAAGAGUGUAGUGUAGCCACCAGGCAUUGAAGAACCCAUUGCAUUGUUUAUGAUUUGUCUUGAUGUUCAUAUUUUCCUUUUAGGAUUUCAUACUUGCAUGGAGUGUUAGAUUCUAGCAGGCAGUAAGGUUCAUAAUGUACUGUUGAGAUGUUGAAUAGAAGGGGGGGAAAUAAAGUAGGAGGAGCCAGUUUUCUUGUGAAUGGACGAAGCUAAGACUACCUCCAAUCAUAUCGUCAUCUCUCUUAUAUAUCAUCAGCCUCCUCUAAAGAUUCUUUCUGUCUUUUA